GGAAGCAUCCGAUAUCAAAUGAAGGAGAUUUGAAUUACAGAUAGAAGAAAAUGGAAAAUCAAGGCAGUUUCGAGGAAGGGUAGCUUUGUAGUAUUUACAUAGACUAUUUCAAUUGACUACAAUUUUCCCAGAAGGGAUCUCUAGAGGCUGGCGUGAAGGCUGGGAUUACCCAGGUGGGUGGAGCAGGGAGCUCUGGUGUGGCUCAGAUGUGGCUUUCAGACCGCCCAGUGUGGAGAUAUGCAAAUACUGUGGCUACAGAAAGCUAGCGGAGUAGUCCGGCACCCAGCGCGGUUGCUGAGCUCUCCGAGGUGGGUCUGGAAAGACGUUUGUUGAAGGCAUUGCUCAGAAGUGAGCUGGGCUCGCAGAAGCGCUGUGAGUGUUUUAGAUCAUCUGAUAGCAGGCCCUGAAGUUUACCAGCUUCAGGGUGAUCAGGCCAUUGUGAAAUUUUUUUUUUCUGUAAUAAAACCAGCCCCAGCCAGCCAGACUGGGAACUUACUGCCUGAGCUGUUUUCCAACAUGGUUUUGCUGGCAGAACCGGACAAGAGUGUUUCUUGACUCUCAAGGGGCCUGUUUACACUGACUUUAUUUUUACUGCCAGCUUUCAAGUGGGAAGAGGGAGAUUAUAUUUAAAGGUCAGCAGAUGACAGACAGAUGUCCCCAAUUUGGAAGUGAGAGCUGGAGGGAAGAAUUGGGAAGGCCAGUCUCUGGUCCAUGUACACAUUCUCAAAGAAAUGUAGCACUGAGACGAACAUUCUUGGGAAAGCAACCUGCAAGUGUUGUCCUCCACUGAGGGACAAGCCAAGACGUUGUUGCUCCAUUGAGGACUGACCAAGAAGCCAUGAAAUCCCUGGCUGCAGGAGACUUGGAAGACUGCCUUCUGAACAAGGUGGGCGCGAGGCGCCAGCAGCUCUCCCAGAUUGUGGAGGAGGUGCAAAGUGUCGUCCACCACCUGACCACAGAAAUCAGCCACCAAGACGUUCGAUUCCAGGCCAUCCCUUACUCUGACACGUACAAUGGAAACAUUAAGGUUUUGGCCCCCAGCCAGUUCCUGGUCACCGUCCCGGUGAAGGGCCUGGCCGGGUACAGGGAGGCCAGGGAGCAGCGCUGGCGGUACUACACCCUACAGGGCACCAGGCUGUCGUGCCCCGUGCAGGACCCGGAGGGCCUGCAGCAGUGGCUGGAGGUGGAGCAGUUUAUGAAGAGCCUGUGGCAGUGGCAUGAGGCAGAUGUGAACAUUGAGGGAGAUAUUGUGCCCGCCAAGGUCCUCCAGGUGUUCCGGAAGCUGGUAGAAAAUGCAAUUGGAACCUGUCAUCUCUCAGGUAAGGUCAGCAUGCUAACACACCACUCUGCAGUUUGGGUUGCCGUGGAAACAGCCACACGGCAGGUGGAGCUAGAGCUGGUCCCCACAGUGGAGAUCCCUACUGCCUGGUCCGAGAAAGCUCGAUGGCCUCCCUGUCUGAAGCGCUGGCCUUCCCGACAGAGAGCGGAGUGCAUCAAGUCGUUUGGGUUUGCCUUGCUGGCCUGUUCACAUUACCACUGGCAGCUGAGCUUCCUGCAGGCCGAGCAGGUGCUGCUGCAGCAGCUGGAUGAGGACGGGGGCUGCCGCAGGAAGUGUCUCCGGGCCCUGAGGCAGAUGAAGGAGGACGUCUGGUGUCCGGGGAAGAGGCCGGUCAUCACGUCCCACCAUCUACAGACGGUGCUCUUUUGGACUUGCGAGAAAUACCCCCACCUGAGGGACUGGCGGGUCUUCAGCAAAGCCUUCCUGCGCCUGGUGAGGAAACUGCACAAGUGUGUGAGCCAGCACUUCCUGAAGCACUAUUUCGUGCGGAAGAGCAACCUCUUCCGGUACGCUGGCGCGGGCGACCUGGACGCCGUGGCCCAGAGGCUGGCCCUCUUCCUCAAGAGCCCCCAGAUCAGCCAGCCCUGACGCUGCCCCGGCCGGCAGGCGCUCGGACACUCUGUCCCGGCCUGACCUCGCUCUCCGCGGGAUCCUGCCCGGCAGAGAAGCAACCUAUGGCACCGGCACCGGCACCGGAAAUGACACGGACCCCAAGAUGUCUGACGCCUCCUCCCUGGAGCCAAGCAAGUAUCCCAGCCCUCCCUAGCUACCUCCCUUGGGGACAGCUGCCAUCGGGCUUCCCCAAGCCCACUGAUGCUGAGCUGAUGACGGACGGCACCGAAUGCCCUCUGCCUUGCUCGGGCUCUGCAGAGGACAGAGAGGAGACCCACUGGAGGGCCAGGCAUCAGCCUGCCGCCGAGGAGUGGGUCUCCAGCCCACUGGCCACCACAGUGGUUCUUCCACUGGUAAACUGCAGCUGUGAAUAUGCCUUUCUCAGAGCUGGGCUUGUGAGCCUGGGGGACUGGGCCGGGCCCCCUCAUUAGGGAAAGGCACUAGAUCGGCACAAAGUGUUGUUCAUUGAUUGGUAGCUGGUGUUCACCUCCUGGAUCGGCCCCAACACCAUCUGAUGGCUUGCCACGCCUGUGUGGACCCUGCUGCCCUCCAGGUCUCCCGAACUGUGGUUCCGUCUGCCUCCCUGCUGUCCUCCAAGUAGGGAGAAGGUGGUUUUGAUGACUAGUGUGGGUCAUAGAUGAAAAUGCAGCUCUGUUUGCCAGGGGCUCCCCCUUGCCUUGUGCCCGGGGCCGGGUGUUCUUGAAAAUGGACUCGAAACAAUGACCUACAUGGAAGGACUUGGUGUCACUUACCUCUCAAUACCUGCCUUUGCUCACUUCAUUCACUCGUUGUUGAUAAAUAAAUGCCUGUCAGGCACCCGGAAUACGGCCAAGAGUGAAAGGGACAAAGGACAUACCUGUUGGGGGGCGGCGCCUAAUGGAGACAGGAGGUGAACGACAGAUACACAGUCACAAUUAUUACAAAUUGUAGCAAGUUGCCCUGAAGGAAAUAAACAGAAUAUUGGAAUAGAGCCACAUCCUGGAAGGAUGAAAAUGCGAACAGCUGAAGGGGAAGGGAAGCAAAGGACAGGCUGGGAGGGACUGGAAUAAGUCAAAUCACGUGGCCUUGUAAAGCUGGGUUUCGUGGUGCGAGGAUGUGGCAGGUGUCUUCUGACCCAGGAAAACAGCCUGAGGACAAGGCCAAGAGGCGAGGAGGGCAGAGUGGAAGGGAAAGAAUCAGACUGCUGACGAUGCCGUUCAGCCACUGGACGAGCCCAGAGCUUCCCCACCUCUGGACUGACUUACGAUAUGGAAGGGUAUGUCCAUCCAGGUUCUCUGGCCUGCCUGAGCACGGACUCCGCUGGCACUGUCCGCAAGGACGAGUUUCAGAGCCGGCCUUCGUGGACUAUAUCCAGGUUGUGUGACCCUGACCAAGUCACCUAACCUCUCUGAAUUUCCGUUUCUGCAUCUGAGGGGACAAGAAGAGUCAUGACCUGUUUACCCCACUGGGUGCAAACAUUCCAAAGAACUGGCGGGGGAGGUGUGGAAACGCCAUCGCCUUCGUGCCUCCUGCCCACUCUAGGUCUGCCUUUGGCCUUGGACCAGUCAAGGCAUGGUGUGCGAUGUCCUGGGUCAAGGAUAGCAAGAUUUUUGUCCCUGGAUGUCAGCAUCACUUCUUGAGAAGAACCAACGUGUCCCAAAAGCACUGGAUGCCCGGACAUGGGGCAAAUGAAGACAAGCCUCGGUUUUCCUCCUGCGGCCAGGCCCGGUUGGAAGUGAACUCCCUGCACAGGAAUACAAAUGAAGUGAAAUUCACGUUACAUUACUCAAAAUGUCGUAGCACUCAGGCCCCAGCGUAUUCUAUUGACAAGUGAUAUUUGGGGGACACUUUCUGACCUUUAGGAUUAGCUUGCAAUGUGUCUUUUUUUGUUUUCCAGACGAAUUCUUACCGUCCUCCCUGCAGUUUGUGUUUGCCCUCAGAGUCACUGUUUGCCCAGAAACUACUGUCUGCUGCAUCUUCUGGGAAAUGAAAUUUAUGUCUCCUGGCACUGAUGGGGGUGACAUCAUUGAGACACUGUUUACAUCACCCGGUGGCAUAAGCCCUGAGCUGGUCUCUAAUGGAUGGCCAAGGUGACCUAACUAAGGGACGGAGACCCAGAGUCUUGCUAGUUCCUGGCAGAACUGGGAUUCCAACCUAGCUCUUCUGACCCGGGGCUCUGGUUCCAUGAUCGCCUGGUUUGGUGAAAAGGUAUUGGAAGUUCCCAUCAGGUUUAACAGUUACUGCACUCUUACUGCUGCCUGACCCUCAUUCGUGCACAAACUGGGCCAGAAAAUGGUGAGAGAGGAAGUAGGAGGUGAAAUGUGUCAAACUCCCCCCAGACCACUCGUGAAGGAAGACUGCUACAAUUGAUGAUGGCGGUUUUUUUGAAGAGAGAGAGACAGCCAGCGAGAGAGGGAACACAAGCAGGGGGAGUGGGAGAGGAAGAAGCAGGCUCAUAGCGGAGGAGCCCGAUGUGGGGCUCGAUCCCAGAACGCCGGGAUCACGCCCUGAGCCGAAGGCAGACGCCCAACCGCUGUGCCACCCAGGCGCCCCUCUACAGGGUAUGUUUAAAAAACCCAAUACACAUAAUACCGAACAAGGAAACAGAACAAGCCCUUCCAUCAGAGUUUGGUUAAACACCGUGCAGACAAAUCAGAGCUGGGACUAUAGUUAGGUGAGUGAUGAACUUGACGGAGGUGCAAAUGUUCAGAGCGUGCCCAAAUACUCAGUAAGCAAGUAACUAGAUAACAUCCUUAAUGCAGCAUUAUACAAAAUUAAAAUUAAUGUAAAAACUCCUCAAAGAACAAAAUAUCUGAAACUUACAAAUUUUAAUAUAGACAGGAUCAGCAUUUUUCCCAAUUUUUUUCCUUUUUGCCUCCAUCUUUAAAAUGGCUGUUUAAUAUUCAUUAAAAUGUUCUUUAUCUUGAUUACUGAACUUUCCGGUACCUCCCCAAAUUUUAUGCCCAAGAGAAGUGCCUCACCUCAUCCUGGGUUUUACUGAUGGAAAUGAACCUCCCUGUGGUGAUUUGUGUAGGACAAUAACCCAUCAGUAGAGCCUUGGUUGUCUUUGUCCUAGCCUCCCCACCCCCCCGCCCACCUCUCACCCCUCAAUCUAACAUCUGAAGAGGGCCUAGAGUAAGGAUUUAUUUUCAACAAAUAUUUAAUGGGCACCUUCCCUGUGUCAGCACGAGAAGUCCAGUGAUCUACAUAUUCCCAGCCUCGUGGAGCUUACAGUUGGCUGAUGGGAAACAACAAUUCAACAAGCAGUCUCGACAAAGUAUAGCAGGGGCCAUGGUGGGGCAGGGGUGCCAGGGGGUUAGAGCCCCACUUGCCAAGUCAGAACACAUGAGGUCCCAUCCCCAGCCUGAAGCUUGAUUCAGAGCUGAGCAGCGGGAGGGGCCAAGGAGAAAAUGAGGCUCCCAGAGAUAACUGCUUAUGAAAAAGCUUAUUUGAGAACGCGACAGAAUUACAGUAAGGUUAGAGCUCUCAAGGGAGGAGUGUGGUGUAGAGAGAGUAAAACUAGAGGGAGAGACAGAAGGCAGGUUGUGAAGGACUUUGUAAACCACAUGGGAGAGUUGGAAUUAACCCCCAGAGCAAUGAGGAGCCUUUGAAGUAGGAGGAUGCUUGGAUUGAGUUCAUGUUUCAGAACUCAAAUCAGAAUUCAGAAUUCCAACUGUGGUGCGAAGAAUGCAAGAAGGUAAAACUCCAUCCAGAAGACCAGUUAAGAAGAUGUUAGGGUAGCUGCUAUGGACUGAAUGUUUGUGUCAUGCCCCCACCCUGCAAACCUCUCCAAAUUCAUAUGUUGAAACCCAACCCCCAGUGUGAUGGUGUUUGGAGGUGGGACCUUUGGGAGGCGAUUACGUCAUGAGGGUGGAGGCCUCGUGAGUAAGAUUAGCCCUUAUAAAAUAGGCCAGAGAGCUCCCUGGCCCCUUCUACCAUGUCAGGAUGCCAUGAAAAGGAGUCCACCUCAGAACCGGGAAGCGGGCUCUCACCAGACAAUCUGUCAGCACCUUGAUCCACGACUUCCCAGCCUCCAGAACUGUAAGAAAACUUUUGGGUUGUUUAUCAGCCACCGAGUCUGUGUGUAUUUUUUUCAGUAGCAGCCCAGGUGGCUAAGUUAGUAAUCUAGGGGAGAAAUGCUGGUGGUCUGAUUAGGGUGGCGGCAGGGGUGUUGAUGUUUACGCAACGUGGAGUUCAUCUAAUCAAUGGGAUUUGGUGAUUGAUUAGCUGCGAGAGAUGAUGGGGAAUCAAGGAUAACAUCCAGGUUUGUGACUUGUGCAAUUGAUUUUUUUUUUUUUAAUAUGUCCGUCUUACCAUCUAGCAACCUUGAUGAACUUUCUUUUUAGUUCUACAAUGUAACUAUAGAUUUUCUAUGUAGACAGUUACACUGACGGCCGUUAGGGGUGGUUUUGUCCCUUACCUUCCUAUAUAUUGAUACUGUAGCAGUGAGAGUUCAGUCAGGAAAAGACAAACAGCUCUUGGUAUUGCAGGCAGAGAGAUUUGAUAGAGGGAAUUAGGUGCCUACAAGACUGUUGGGAGAAUGGGAUUAGUGGAAGUCAGGGGAGGCUGCUAGCUUUUGAUUCACCCCUGCAGCCGUGGUCCUACAGUUAAAAAGUUGUUGCCAGCCGGGUCAGGAAAGUGCAGAAAACCUCCACUGAUGAUCAUGGCUACAGGAGUGAGGGGGGCAGCUGAUGAGGACUUUGUAAAUCCUUGUUCCGCCAAAGCCCAAGCACCCACGAGCUACUUCCAGAGACAGAACAACACAGCGUGCUCCCUGCACCCUUCCAUCUCCAAAUCUUAAGCAAGUGUCUCAUUGGCCGACUAUUAAUGGUGUCCAGAGCCCCAGACAUAAAGGAGCAUGGGAUGAGUCGUUCUCAGGCUUCCAGACCCUGUGAUAAAGGACACAAAUGUUAGAAACACAGGCUGGUUGCAGAGAGAAACCAAGAAAAGCCAAUAGCCAGCACAGAUUUGCCUUCAUUUGCUAGCCUAUCCUUCUGUAUGUAAGACAACCCGAAACACUUUCGAAACGGGCUGGACCCUUGAGUCCUUCACCCACCAUUCUCCCCUAUGCACCCUGUAUUCUAGAAGAUGCACAAAACGACAUGCAGUUUUCCAAACUUAUUUCCAUGACUUUGCACUUGACCUGUCACUCAAAAGUUACCUUUGUGCAGCUUGUGAAGACUCUUCCCAUUUCUCUGCCACUUACCCCCUUCUUGUCCUAUACCUGCAUCAGGCAGGAUUGACCUGGAUCUCUCAGUACUCCCUCUGCACCUGGUUCACCAUUCUAUUAUGGCAACUUGUCCCAGUGAAUUUCAGUGUUUACUCAAGGUAGCCACCUUUUCCAGUAGACAUAAGCAUCCCAAGGUAAGAGUGACCAAGGACCUACUACAAUGCUUGGAACAUAAAUGAUGCUCAUUAAAGAUUUAUGAAAUGUAGGGAGGACUGUGUCUACAAGGUCGCUCAGUGUAAGCACCUGAGGCUGAAUGAAGAGCGGCCACCUUCAGAAACAGGCAUGCCCCUUACAACUGAAAAGGGGUCUAAACAGUGUUAGAGUCUUGGAAGGAUGAAAAUUGUUUAUAAAUUGUUUAUUAGUGUUAGUUCCAAGUUCUAAAUUCUUUUUAUUUUAAUUUGUUUGAGAGAGAAGAGAGAGCAGGAGCAGGGCGGGGGGGGGGUGCUGAGCAGGGAGCCUGUCUCGGCGCUUGAUCCCAGAACCCUGAGAUCAUGACCUGAGCUGACGGUCAUGACCUGACCUCAGUCACUUAACUGACUGAGCCACCCAGGCACCGGUAAGUUCUAAAUUCUUAUUUCCUAUUUAUGUUGACUUUUUCUAGUCUUUUCCAAGCUUUUACCAUCUGUCCUUGCUUCUGAAGGUUGUAGCGCUGCUUCCCAUUAAAAUACAAUUCCCACGCCACAUUCUGGUUGCCCCCAUCGCAUUAAACUAAUGCAAUGAUGGCUUAAGCUGCUGGGGAAAUGUGGGUCAUUACAUGUUGCUGACAGCAACCCUCCCAGUGACAUUGCAGCAGGGACAGAGGACCUUAAUAAAUGAUUAUUUAUACAAAAUCAGAGAGCUCUAGACUUUGAUGUGUCCUUAGAGAGCCAAUCCUUUUGUAACACAGAAAUGGAGAUUGAGAAUUCCCAUGAUUUCUUAGCACGAUGAAAAAUUGGUUAGCGAGCUCAUCUCUUCCCUCUUCAUCCCUGCCUUCUUCCUCUGUCACCAGACCCCUGAGACUCCCCAGGACCGAAAGAGUACAGUGUUACAUGCAAAAUAAGCAAUUAACCAAAUGUUCUUAAAUGGGUGCAUGGGUGUCCUAUUCUUUAAAUCCCUCAAAGCCGAUAUUGUUUGGUUCCCUAAAGGACAUGUACCCAAGGUAACCUGGAAAAUCUUUGUUUUCCUUUGUGGCAGACACAGUAUACUGGUUGACUCAGCAUCCUUUCCUAACCUCAUUCCUCUCAUCCAUUUUUCUUCCUUUCUCAGCCUCCCUGCAUUGGAAGUGACCAGGUGACAGUUUUGAAAUGGUGACCGUGUUGGCUGCGCCUACAUCAGCCUGCUUGCAUCCAUAGGGAAAGGUCAAGAGAAUGUCAGAGUUGUUGACCGAUGUUGCCGAGAAGCCAGACCAUCACCAGCACCGUCUACCUCCUGGCUGCUUGUUCUGUGACAGCCACGAACCCUUCUUUGGUUAAGCCACCAAGUUUCUAUUCCUUGCUUCUAAGCGCUUUUCUGGUAUUUACUCUAAACCAGCUGCAGAGCCUGGUGAAACAGGAGGGGCAGGUCUGAGAGAUGUGGACAUUACCCUUAAUGUACUUUGAACUGUCUUCCUGGGGAAUAAUUCAAAGAGAAUACACAACGCGAGCCCACAGAGUUCUUGUCUUGAUGAAACAGCCUCUAAAUAAAUAAUUAUUAGAAUCGAAUUGAGAGAGGCGGAUGCACAAGAAUUGGCGAGACAAGAUGCUGAGUAGUUGAAAUCAAUGACUUGCAGAGCUGAUCUCCUGCCAAGGGCUACACCAGCUCCCAGGAGGAAUCCACCACUCUGGCCAGUGGCCCAGGACUGCGGAAGCUGCAGAGAGAAGAUACUGCAUCCAAGAAGAAAGAACAGGGAGAAACAAAAAAGGAGCAUUCUGAGGCCAAAAUGAAAUUCUUGGGAAAUUAAAAACAGCAGAAAUGAAAGAGAUUUUAAAAAUUAGAAAAGAAAGCAAAAUUAAAAGACUGGUGAAGAAAUCCAGCCUGUAAAUAAUAGGCAUUCCAGUGAGAGAGAGAGAGAAUGAGAAGAGAAAACAAGACAGCCUGGGGUUAAUAAAAAAUGAAAUUAUUUCCCCAAAUUUCCCAGAGAUUAAAAAAAACAAAUGUUUCCAGCCUCAAAGAAUACAUCAAAUGUUGGGUCACAGUGAAUGAAAAGAAAUCCACACUGAGGCGCAUCAUUGGAAAUUUUCCAAAAAUUGGAGGAAGUAAAGGGUCUACAAGAUUCUAGAGAAAGAAAAAAGUCAUAUACAAGGAUCAGAAAUUAGAAUGGUUGCAGACUUCUCAAUAGCAUCCCUGGAAGCAAUAAGAAAAUGGGGCAACCUAUUCCAAAUUCUGAAAGGAAAUGCUCUCUAACUUAGAGUUCCAUACCCAGCCAAAUUACCAAAAAAAGCACAAAGAUAGAAUAAAGACAUUUUCAGACACCAAAAUCUCAAGAAUGUAUUUCCCAUGCAGACUUUCCCAAGAAAGGGAAAGAUGUAACAGGAGCAGAAGUUUCAACACUGGGGAAGUGUUGAAGAAAAGGGGGAUUUCCAGGAGGAUGGUGGAAAAACAUGGAGGUCAGCAGCCUGGAUGGGUACAACAGCAGUGAAGAGACAGGCGUGUUGGGAGAUGCCCAGAUUUACUCUAUCGUCUUCUCAACUCAUGAACAGAAUGCUCAGAGCUGGAGCACUCACACACUGGGAGAGGGGAUCCAAGCUGGCGCGACCACUUUGGCUGCAUCCACUAAGGGUGAACGAAUGUGUCCCCUGUGACCCUGCCAUACCACCCUGGGGCACACACCUCGCGGGACGAGUGCUGCGGCCUCCACUGUGCACCUACAGGACGAUUCGUGGCUACUGGCACUAUUUCCAGUCACCCCACACUGUAGUAAACUAGUACCCCAGCUAGUAUCUAUCAACAGAAACACUGGAGCGUACAGCACGUUAUUUACGCAAUGGGAUAAAUACUUCACAGCAAUAAGCAAGAACUGACUAACCAUUGCCCACAACAAAAGACAUACUGCUGAGGGAAAGAAACUCAGUACAGAAGAACAUACACCAUCUGAUCCUACUUAUAAGACCAAGAUGCAAGCGUAGAGGUCAGAAUGGAGGUUACCGUGAGGCGAGGCACCCCCGGCUGGGCCACGAGAGAGCCUUCGAGUGAGCUGGAAAUACUCCACAAGGUUGGAGUAGCAGGUCGACGGAUUAUACAUAUGUAAACCUUCAUCAAACUGUACCCUGUUUGUAUUCUGUACUGUAUCAGAUUAACCUGGUCUCCAGAGAGGAUCACAGGCCAGGCGUGCAAAGGACCCCAAGUUUCAAUGGUUUAACCUGUGAAGAGUGUGAGGAAGCCUGCCCCAGCAGACUGCAGGAGGCGUCUGUGUUCUGUCCCCAGUAAGGAAUUUUCAUCCUGGUCUGAGCAACCAUCGUACCACACUAUCACGUCGCAAAAAUGAUUGCAAAGGUGCCACUCGUGGAGAAUUUGCUCAGGGGAGGGAUUUCUCUGCCUCCUCGCUCCCAAGCCAUGCCUCUGGUGAAGCCUAGAAGCCCAGGUCAGGCCGCAGCAGUUCCAUGGAAGCCAGCCCGAGUGCUCCGGGAGAACUGUGGACAUUCCACCCUGGACAGUAAAAACCCCAGUGAACUGACUCCAUACCUACCUCAUCCCACCCUACCCCACUGUCCAGGACAAUAUUAGUGCCAGCGCUAGAGCCCGGACCGUUCCCCCAACAGCCAGAGUCACAGGCCAUCCACUUUGUGGCCCUCUCUGCAAAAAUCCGGAAAGGUAAAGCAGCUCACAAGGAUCCCAGAGUUUCCUUAGGAAAAUGCCAUUUAAUCUAGGUCUUAGGAGCUCAGUGCAUGAAAAGGCUGGCUUUACAAACUGGGUGUGAUUUACAAGAAGACUGAACAGAAGUCCUUUAACUAGGCCCUUCCUUCUUUCUUAUCAUAGAUACAAGAUUUUCAAAAGCAUGUGUUUUUGCUUGAAUUCCUCAAUCAGACGUAUACUCUGUGAAAUAGAGGUCCAUGCAGAUUUGAAGCAGGUAUUGGAGUUGAUCGCUCGAGAACAAGUCAGCCUUAGGCCUCGGGAACGGUGAGAUAAAGCCCACGGGAACCACUGAAGGAGAAAGAGGGAGAGAAGAGGAUGGCUCGGUGCCACGCACAGGGAAGCCUGGUGCCCACUGCUCGGGGGUACUAGUGCGCUAACCCCUCAAUAACCCUCUGACGUCCUUUGAGCCAUUCUGUCUCUAGUUCCAGCAGUAACCACGAGCAUUUCUGACCACAGGCAGUGUGUGCCAGGGGGCUCCGUUCCAUCUGUCCAGGCCUCCCCUCUGCCUCUACUUUUGGCCACAUAUCUGAAACACGCCCCCGGUGUCACACCCCCAUAGUCCCAUGGCCCGGGGGCACAAGUGACCCACACAGGUGCAUUCUGCUCACCUUUUCAUCACAGACAUGCAGUGGUAGAGAUCCUCCCUCUGCCUCCGUGAGAGCGUUGUGUGAACCGGUUCUGGGAACCCCUUAUUUUCUCCUUGGAUCCCAGACACAAAUAAGAAUAAGGCUUGCUUACAUGCCUAGGACAUUUCUGAACUCUGGUGCCCACAAAAUUUCCUAGGACCGAGAACGCAAGUCUGUCAUUAUGGUAUUUGCAGAACCAGAGACUGUAUUUAAGUCUUCAAGAUGAUGCUUAUUAUAACCCUUUCUUGGGACUAUCAUGCCAAAACAGUACAUGAAUAGUCUUUUUCAAGGAAAUUUGCCAGGGAAGGCAGCAAGCAUCUGAUCACAUAGGAAUAGUCUUGGGUUGGUUUCAAGCUGUAGAGUCUGGGGGAGAAGGAAAUUUUCUUGAAGACUGCCCUGGGGAGGGAGAAUCCACACAGGGCUCUGUGUUGCCCAGGCGGCCGCCAAGGGGCUGCCGUCUGCAGGAAUUAUGAUGGGAACAGUGUGCCCUUGGAGCUGAGCAUGGUGACUGCCCUUCCCUGCCACAGAAAGUGGGCAUCUAUGGAAGACACUGAAUCCUGCUUUAAAGAUUAAUGAUGGGGAAAACAGAUGCCUCAAGGCUAGCCCUUGAGGCAAGGAUUCUGAGCUCUUCUGGGGGAGAAAGCAGACCCCCAAGCCUGCCACAUUGAACUCGCCAAGGAAUUAUGUUGGGGUGAGAGGGAUUUUCUCUCCAGUAAAAUUUGCAUUUUCUGAAACUACUUCCCAACCCAUUUGCAUUACUCAAUGAUCAAAAAGCAUCUUGCCAUUUUGAACUUCUGCUUGUUUUAAAAACUCAUAACAUAAUUAGAGGAUGUGCAUCCCAUAUCAUUAAUAUCCCUAUGAUGCAUUAUCACAUUUACAAAAACGAAAACAUCGUAUCUUUUCUUGUAUCUGCUAUUACUUUGCCUGUGGGGAGGAAAGGAAAUGCCAUGCACAAAUUCAUGGUCUAGGAAGAUCGAUCUGGAAGUGGUAGAGAAAUGGACUGGCGUGGGGCAGGGGGGACCGGAAUAGCAACAGUCAGGGAGGUGGCUCAUUUCUUCCUUUAUUCAGUAAACACUGAUUAGGCACUUGUUGUAUGUCACGUGCAUAGAGAUGGUUUCUUCCUUCCUUCCGUGUCAUUUUAGGUCCUCCCAGACGCAGACACCAAAACAGAAUAUGACGUGUGAGAAAUAUACUGGCGGACGUGCUUAUUGAAGAUAAAGGAGGGAGAAGCAGGGGCCGGGGACACAAGUCUGACACCUGUGAAAAGAGAGAGCAGGAGGAAGAGUGGCAGGCCGCCGGGCAGCUGGCAGAAAGUCUCGACCAGGCCAACAGAUAGCUUCCGGGCCAAGGCUGCCCAUUGGAGGAGUCACACACGGGCAGGAAGGACCAGCUCCAGCACAGUUAAUGUGCUUGUUGGUUGAAGGCAGGUUGGGAGAAAAGUGAACACCGUGGUGGGAUCCAAAAGGCAGCAGCUGGAGGCUGUCGGUCAACUACAUUGCCCUCACCAAGUUCUUUGGAAAGAGAGCUGAGUAGAGCAUGUCCAUGGCCAACACGACCUUCCAGAACUUCAUGCAGACAUCUAAACAUAGGCAUCGCAGCGAUAUUCCAAGCCUGCGGACCAGCCUUGGGGGUUAGGUGUCUGUUCCAGGUUCAGGGGGCCACAGCCUGGGUUGUGGAGAGGCCCCCGGGGGGCGUGGGGCUGCUUUGACUGGGAGGGUUGUCUGUGCAGGUUGGCACCGCCCACAGGCCCACAGAGCAGGGAGGCGGCUGCAGAACACAGUUAGGUAGGAGACGCAGAGGCUGGGAGGAAGGAAUUAACGAACUGCUUGCAAAGGAGAGGCCAGGGAAGCGUUCAGGAUAAAUGAUACAGCUGUUGGGCUCUCAAACAUGACUAGGAUUUGUCAUAUACACAGGAGAAGAUGCGGUAGGAUCCAUCCCGUCAGAAACCUGGCUUCCUAUCCCGGCCCUGUCACUUAUCUGCUGUGUGACCUUGGGUUAGAUUCUUCACCUCUCUGAUGCUGCACUUUCUUCAUCUGUAACAUGGGCAUUGUGGUAGCAUCUGGGUUCCAGAAUUGCUACGGUGACACAUGUGAAUUCAUUAGCAGGGGGCCUGAGCUAGGGGACGCGAUCAAUAAACGGCAACAUAACCAUA